AUGCUGCACGCGGCCGUGAAACCGAGUUUUCCUGCGUCGGGCGUAACCCACUCCCUCGUUGGUCAAUUCUCCGCCGGGCUUCCCGCGGGGGUGCGGGAGCUGAUUCUGUUUAAACAGAACAACCUUGAGCUCUGGCGAAUUCCAUGUGGACAAGAGGGGGGGUCGCCGCUGUCGUACGUCACCAGCACGCAGCUAAACGCACCGCCUGUGUCAGUUGCCAUGUGCCGACCUCCUGGGUUUAACGUGGAUGUCGUCGUCAUGUGCCUUGACGACUUUCACGUGUCAUUUGUUCAAUACGACCCGGUGCCUAUGCGGCUUCGCACCUUGGCACUCGUGCAGUUGGACGAUAGGGAGGUGGUGGGUGAGGUGUCCCCCUUGGAGCCCAUCAUGCGGGCGGAUCCGACGGGGCGCUUUGUCGCCGUAUUGGCACGCCGACGUCACAUGUUUUUAAUUCCCUUGUUGGGUCUAAAUCGGUCCGACAACGGCGAUAACGUCAACGGAAGUUGUACAGAUGAUGCGGCCGACACUGAAGCGAAGGAAGCCACUGCGCCCGUAGAUGACUGGGGUGACGAAGACGACUACAAGGGACUCGCUACUGAGGGGGACCAUUCCACACCGCCCGAGGCAACGACGACGACGACGACGACGCACAUACCCUCUGGGGAGCACAACUCCAAGGUUGUGGGUGUGUCGGAUGGGCUCCUCCACGUUGGCGCCCCCGCUAUGUUUUCCAUUGCGUUAGCGGCCAACGGUUCCAUUCGCUAUGUGCGCGACAUGCAAUUUAUUGAGUCAUCCGGGGAGCCCAUUGUUGCCUUUUUGUGCGAACGCCACCCCACAUGGGCAGGUCGUGUGAAGUUGGUGGAGUGGCGCACCAAGGCGGUGGAAUCGAAAAUGUUGUCCUCCCAAGUAGUUUGGGUACAAAUAUCAGCUGCAUCGACGCCUAAUCGAAAGCUACUGCUCAUUGGUGAGGUGGACGAUGUUCCAUACAACGUGACACACAUGACCCCCGUUGGACCAUUUGCGCAGAUUCCCUCAGGCGUCGUUUGCCACGGCAUCAACACUGUGAUGCACGUCACGACAAAGCGCGGGUACGGCGUCUACCUGAACAACGGCGGAAUGGAGGAGUGUGCAAACAGCAAGUCAUCAGCCAUGUCCUUUGGAAAGGUGGGCUGGAGCGACCCUCAGAUGGAAACUUCAACGGCCCUCUUUAGGGUCAAUCUCUCCUUGGCAAACUGCACGGCGGCCUCGAUGGGCACCGCAAAUGAGAUGCUGCGGUUACUUGCUGUGUCGGAAGAGGAUGGGGUGGUGCUCACGCUUACCUUCGCGGCACAGAGUUCCUUCGUGCAAAGCAUUCGCAUCAGUAUCCUGGGGACUGGCUGUUACUGUUCAAGCAUUUCUCCCAUUGGAAACCAGCUUUUCUUUUUGGGAUCCGUCUGUGGCGAUUCCUGCCUUGCCAAGAUUGAUAUGCUUCACGACGAGGUGGCAGAACGAUUUCGGAUUAUAGAUCGUAUUGAGGCUGUGGGUUGCAUUGCGGAUGUUGACGUCGUGGACUGUACUUCGCUCGCUGAAAACGACCCGAGUCAGCGAGACAGCAUCAACAGCACUUCACUGGAUGACAUGCCGUACGCGGAGUUGUUGCGAAGCACAACACUGGAGCCGAUGCCAAGCGUGUCCAUCGCGGAGUGUCGGGCGGUCAUGGAUUUGGCUGUGUGCGCAGGCCGUGGCGGGAGCGGUGCUCUUUACGUGAUGCGGCAGUCCGUCCGAAACAAUGUGUUUCGUAGGGAGAACGUGAAUGCGGUCUCUGCGUUCCUCCUGGAGCUCCCGCAUGCUCAGAAGCGUUCGCGUGGCGAACAUGAGGAAGAGGAGGGCGCCACGCACCCUCCACUGCAUCUCGCACCGUCCUACUUACUUCUCACAGGGGUUUCAUUCACGAUCCUUUUCACGGUGCGUGAGGAAUCCCUACAGCAUGUGCGCCGCUCAGAGUUUCUUACGGCGUAUAGAACGGUGUUCGCGACCGAAAUCCCAUGGCUGAACGCCUUGCUGCAGGUGACGGAGAGGGAAGGGCGCAUAAUUUCCUGCGAUGGAAGGACGUUGCUGCAUAAGUUUACUGUCGUCACAGAACGGGAGGCGGGUAAAAAGCGACUCGUGAGGUCUGCCUCUGUCAUGGCUGAUUUGAUGCUAUUGUUUGUUCUCGUAGAGGGUGGGACCCUUUUGCGGUUUUCGCUAAAGACGGCACAAGCGGCUCCCACCAAGGAGGUGUUUGCAGAGGGCGUCACCGCCUUUGCGUUAUGGCAGGAGCAGCGGCGUGUGGUGAGAGUUGCCACGGAUGCGACCAUGCUUAUCAGCGAGGUGGAGUCUGGCGCGACGUAUGCAAGCUUCCCGCAGUUUGCCACCUUGCCGCCCUACAGCAUUCUUGGCACGGACGUGUCGAGCAAAGGCGAAGUUGCCGACGAGGAGCUUCCCCGCGUGACUCACGUGGAGGUGGUGACGUUGCGCGACGAGAACGCCGUGGAGGCGACGGCACUUAUUGUCAUUCUCGCCACCGGUGAGCUGGCGGUGUAUAGGGUGACGCCCUCGGACUCCUUUGGCCCGCUCCGCCUAACGAAGUCGAUGCAUCACUUUUUAGAUAAUAAAGCGGAACGUGAGGUGAUUGAGUCUAUUGAAAUGAAAAGGCAACGCUUGCAGCGGGAACGUGGGAUGAUUGAAAAUGAUACUCAGUUGAUGCGGCAGUACAGCCGCCGCAUUGUUCCUUUUGAUGCCAUCGGUGGGAAUGCAGGGGCUUACGUUUGUGGACAACAUCCCCUGUUUCUUUUCUGGGACCGAAGAACGCGGGAACUUGCGGCGUACCGUCAUCAGACGUUGGGGCCUGUGCGCGGUUUUGUGCCUUUUCGACUCAUAUCUUCGGGAUACGUCUACUGCUGUGAAGGGUUUGUUGACUUUGCCUCCAUGAAUACGUAUUGCCGGCCAGGGGGUCAGGGCUGGUUGGCCCGCAGGAUCCAUCUCGGGGUGACGCCGCAUUUUGUGGUGUAUCACCCACCGGCGAGAAGCUGUUUUGUGGUGACGUCAUCGAAGGAGCCUUUUCGACCAAAACGCGCUCCUUUUGACCUUCAACUAAACAUCGUCUACGAUGAAGAGGCCGGCGGCGUGCAGAGCGUUACAACGGAGGUGCCUGCAUGUAACAUGCCGGCGGUUGCCCCAAAUGCGGGUGUUCGUGUGCCAAUGGUGGACAGAUUUGAGAUCCGCUUAAUGUCCACCACGGAUUGGGCUUGCACGGAUACGCUUCUCCUGGAAGAGAACGAGCAGGUGUUGGGGGCGGAAAUGAUGGAAAUCCACGCGGACAAGGAUGCGGAGGGAGUUCAUACGGCACCUGUCUGCGUGGUGAGUACGGCUUUCCCACUUGGGGAGGAUGUCACCUGCAGGGGUCGCAUUCUUCUUCUUUCAACAAUGUGUACGAAGCGGAAACGGAAGCUACUUAUUUUCCACUCGGAGCCUCUCAAUGGACCUGCCACCGCCGUUGCGGGGAUCUGCAAUCACAUUGCUGUUGCCGUGGGGGGAACAAUCAAGCUGUUUCGCUUUGAUUGGGAAAAUCGGAAGCUCGUGGUGGGUGCUCUGUUGUACGCAGAGGUGUACGUCACGCGAAUGUCGUCGUUCCGCAACUAUCUCAUUUAUGGAGAUUUGUUCCGCUCCUGCGCAAUUGCCCGUUUCACCGAGGCGAACCACACACUCAACGUGCUUGGAAAGGAUCGCAACGCCGUGUCGGUGGUGCACUGUGACAUGAUGUACCACGAUCGUGCGUUUGGUAUUUUGUGCUCCGACGAUGCGAGGAAUCUGCUGGUGAUGGGGUACACGCCGCGUGUGCAGGAGACCGAGGCGGGGAGGCCGAACAAAGUGCUCGAGUCGGUCUUGUCGCUUGACGGCGAAUACCGCCUUCCAGGGGGCUGCCUUGCCAAAUCGCUGCGGUUCCGCUCCCUCGCGGGAAACUCUAGCGUCACGCUGUACGUCACCAACUACGGCGAGUUGGGGUUCAUUGUGCCGAUUGGCGAGCAGGCAAACAGGACGGCGUCGUGGCUGAUGCGUCGUCUUCAGAUGGAGCUGCCGCACGACGCGGGGCUCACCCCGCGCAUGUUCCUCGGCUUGAGUCAAGACUCGCUGCGGACGGCGAUGCGGGCAAAGGAGAUGCUUGUGUCUGCCGCGCUGCUGCACGAGUUCUUCUUCCUUGACGUCCGCACGCGGAAGACUAUCGCCUCCGCCGCCUACACGCAGCUGGAGCGUGUCAACAACGUUGCCGCGCUCGUGUACGAGGAGUGCAACUUGUUUUAG